ACUUUCGGAGUUAGAAGUAGAAAGUAGCGAGUGCCUCGCCUCAACCUUCCGUUCAAACUCUCAGUGUAGCGUACUCACACCGCCAAGAUGAAAGCCUACCUCUCCUCCUAUUCCAGGAACGCGGCCCUUCGCACGGCCGAGGAAAGAGAUUGUAUGAGCAGUAAAGCAAUCAUGGGGGCAGGAUCAAAACAACUUCUGAAUUUGCCGCUUGGGGCCAAGCUUCCCUUGCUUCCAGGUAGUGGCGUUUUGCUGUACACAACAACCCUGGGUGAAAAGCUUCAUCAACCAUCUUGCGAGUUCAACCUCACAGACCCCAACUUGCACCUGUUAAAACUCAACUAUCAAAGCCUUCAUGAUCCUUAUUUAAGUGGUUACUACAGGCGUAAAGACAUACUGAAAAAGUUAAAAAAUCAGGGGCUUAUCACAGAAAACAAUAAGAUUAUUUGCACCCUGAAGGAAUUUAAUCAGUAUAGACAGUAUUUAACCAGUAUCAAAUUAGACUUUGAAAGGAAGUAUGCACAAGAACAGCGGCUACUUGCAAAGCAAUUAUUGAAUCUUCAAGAUCAAGGUUUUGCUCAGGGGAUAAACCUUUCCGAUCUGCAGGAAUGGCUCACAAAUGAAUCCAAGAAAAAUAUAAGUAAAAAGACUCUGAGGGACAGGUAUUUCAACAUGAUUCAAACAGAAGAAAAGAUCAAAAACUUGAUAAAAGAACAGAAAUGCUGUGCUGUUCUGGCAGACUCAAGCAAAGAUAGUCAAAAGGCUAAAGAAUUGGUACACCAAAUUCAGCAAGAGGAAUUGAACAUGAAGGACAGAUCCGUUUUAAUGCGACUUGAAGAAGAUGUGAAGAGUGAAUUUAAUCUGGAAAAAAGAAGAAGGAAAGCAAAGGAAGAGAGAGCCAGAAAGAGACAAGAAUCAUUUGAAAGAAAAAUGGACCACCAAAUUCAAAAACUGCAUGAGUUUAUUGAACGACAAGAAGAGUACGAUCGAUGCAGAGGGGAAGGCGCUGAACGCAGAGAGAGAGUUGGUCAUCCCCGUGCUAGAAGAGGUGACAGUUCUGGUUCCAACUCCCUAACUUAGUGCUCAGUCCCCAUCAACAAGAAUAAAGUGCA